GCACUUGCUUUCUCGCCAGCCGCUCACCCCUGUCCCAUCCGGCCCGCCCAGGACGCGCCUCUUCGUCUCCCCGGCUGCCGGGUCGGCUGCCCGCAGCUGAGCGAGCUCGGGGCCCGCGCCGCGCGACUGCAGCGGGGCGCCCUCGCCAAGCGCGGUGCCUUGGCUACCCGGCCGCCUUCGCCGCGCGGGCACUGGCCAGGAGCUUCCAGUGGGCUGCCCCUGCUGCCAUCCGAAACACUUCAGGAGCUUCUUGGCUAAGGGCCCCACGAGCCCACAGGGAGGCAGACCUCCAGGACGUCUUGCCCUGUGCUCCCAGCCCAGUUGCCACAACAAACAGCAGAGGAGACGUUGACCAUGGGGGAUGUGAAGCUGGCUGCCUCAACACAGGUUUCCAAAACCUCCAUCAGUGUGGAUCACUCGAGAGUCGGUUCCAUGCCCCUGACCGAGGCCCCUGCUUUCAUUGUGCCCCCUCGGAACCUCUGCAUCAGAGAAGGAGCCACCGCCAAGUUUGAAGGGAGGGUCCGGGGUUACCCAGAGCCCCAGGUGACGUGGCACCGAAAUGGGCAACCCAUCACCGGUGGGGGCCGCUUCCUGCUAGAUUGCGGUAUCCGGGGGACUUUCAGCCUUGUGAUUCAUGCUGUCCAUGAGGACGACAAGGGAAAGUAUACCUGUGAAGCCACCAAUGAUAGUGGUGCCCGCCAGGUGACAGUGGAGUUGACUGUAGAAGGGACCUUUGUGAAGAAGCACAGUCAGCCUGUUGUUUCCAAAACCUUGGGGGACAGAUUUGCAGCCCCCGCGGUGGAGACCCGUCCCAGCAUCUGGGGAGAGUGCCCACCGAAGUUUGCUACCAAGCUGGGCCGAGCUGUAGUCAAAGAGGGACAGAUGGGACGGUUCUCCUGCAAGAUCACUGGCCGGCCCCAACCCCAGGUCACGUGGCUCAAGGGAGAUGUUCCCCUGAAGCCAAGUGCCCGUGUAUCUAUGUCUGAGAAGAAUGGGGUACAAGUUCUGGAAAUCCAUGAGGUCAGCCGAGAUGAUGUGGGAGUGUACACGUGCAUGGUGGUGAAUGGGUCGGGGAAGGCCUCCAUGUCGGCUGAGCUUUCUAUCCAAGGUUUGGACAAUGCCAAUAGGUCAUUUGUGAGAGGAACAAAGGCAGCCAAAUCAGAUAUCAGGAAGGAAGUGACCAAUGGAGCGACGCAGGGGCCGAAACUGGGCAGCCUGGAGCCUGCAGCAGAAAGAAAAAACUGCUCCGGCACCCAGAGAGGUGGCUCCCCAACCUGGGCUACAGGUAGCCAUCCUCAGCCCCUGCGGGAGUCCAAGCUGGAGCCGUCUGGGGACCCACCUAGGAAAGCCCUGAGCAGCCCCAUCCUGCAGAAGACUUCCAGCACCAUCACCCUGCAGGCCGCAAAAGUCCAGCCGGAACCAAGAGCACUGGCCUCGGGCGCCCUCUCUCCUUCUGGAGAAGACGGGGAGAGGCCAGCUGCCCCUCCUCCGGCCAUCCUCCCCACCAGGCAUUCUGGCCUGGGAAGCCAGGAGGUUGUGAGCAAGGUUGCUACCAGGAAAAUCCCCACGGAGAGCCGGAGGGAUUACACAUUCCCCAAAUUUGAAAGCAAGCCCCAAAGCCAGGAAGUCAGUGAAGAUCAAAUAGUCAAGUUCAGAUGUGAGGUUUCAGGGACCCCGAAGCCUGAAGUGACCUGGUUCCUGGAAGGUGCCCCCGUGAGAAGACGAGAAGGUAUCGUUGAGGUUUAUGAAGAAGGCGGAUGCCAUCACCUCUGCCUGCUCAGAGCGCGGGCCAGGGACAGUGGGAACUACAGCUGCACGGCCUCCAAUGUCCAAGGCCAGGUGUCCUGUGGCUGGACUCUCUUGGUGAAACAGCUGGCCGUGAUGGAGGUGGCUCCCUCAUUCUCCAGUGUCCUGAAGGACUGCACUGUCAUUGAGGGCCAGGACUUUGUGCUGCAGUGCUCAGUGCAGGGGAUCCCGGUCCCCCAAAUCACUUGGCUGCUCAAUGAGCAGCCCAUCCAGUACGCUCACUCCUCCUGUGAGGCCGGCGUGGCCGAGCUCCACAUCCAGGACGCCCUGCCGGAGGACGAUGGCAUCUACACCUGUCUGGCCAAGAACACCUUGGGGCAGGUGUCCUGCAGCGCCCGGGUCACUGUCCAUGAAAAGAAGAGUGACAGGAAGAGUGGGUAUCUUCUGCCCGCGGCUCCCAGCAAGCCCGUCGCACCCCUCUUCCUGCAGGGCCUCUCUGACCUCAAAGUCAUGGAUGGAAGCCAGGUCACCAUGACAGUCCAGGUAUCAGGGAAUCCGCCCCCCGAGGUCAUCUGGUUUCACAAUGGGAAUGAGAUCCAGGAGUCCGAAGACUUCCACUUUGAACAAAGAGGGACUCGGCACAGCCUUUGUAUCCAGGAAGUGUUCCCGGAGGACACGGGCACUUACACCUGUGAAGCCUGGAACAGCGCUGGAGAGGUCCGCACCCAGGCAGUGCUCAUGGUGCAAGAGCCUCAGGAUGGCACCCAGCCCUGGUUCAUCAGCAAGCCCCGCUCAGUGACAGCCUCCCUGGGCCAAAGUGUCCUCAUCUCCUGUGCCAUAGCUGGAGACCCCUUCCCUACCGUGCACUGGCUCCGAGAUGGCAAGGCCCUCUCCAAAGACACUGGCCACUUCGAGGUGCUGCAGAAUGAGGACGUGUUCACGCUGGUUCUAAAGAAUGUGCAGGCCUGGCAUGCCGGCCAGUACGAGAUCCUGCUCAAGAACCGGGUUGGCGAAUGCAGUUGCCAGGUGUCACUGAUGCUACAGAGCAGCCCUACCAGAGCCCCCCUGCGGGGGAGGGAGCCUGCCAGCUGUGAGGGCCUCUGUGGCCGGGGAGCCAGUGCUGAUGGUGGUGGCGGUGACCGCUAUGGGACCCUGAGGCCCGGCUGGCCAGCAAGAGGGCAGGGUUGGCCGGAGGAGGAAGACAGUGAGGACGUGCGGGGAGUGCUGAAGAGACGCGUGGAGACCCGGCAGCACACCGAGGAGGCCAUCCGCCAGCAGGAGGUGGAACAGCUGGACUUCCGUGACCUCCUAGGGAAGAAGGUGAGCACCAAGAGCGUGUCAGAAGAGCACCUAAAGGAGAUCCCAGCCGAGCAGAUGGAUUUCCGCGCCAACCUGCAACGGCAAGUGAAGCCAAAGACUGUGUCAGAGGAAGAGAGGAAGGUGCAUAGCCCUCAGCAGGUAGACUUCCGCUCGGUUCUGGCCAAGAAGGGGACUCCUAAGACCCCGGUCCCUGAGAAGGCACCGCUUCCGAAACCCGCCACCCCAGAUUUCCGCUCGGUGUUAGGCAGCAAGAAAAAAUUACCAGCAGAGAAUGGUAGCAACAAUGCCGAGGCCUUGAAUGCCAAGGCAGCAGAAAGUCCAAAGGCUGUGGGCAAUGCCCAGGCUUUAGGGUCCCUGAAACCCUCAGGCAAUGCCAAGCCUGCCGAGACCCUAAAACCUCUGGGCAACGUCAAGCCUGCCGAGUCCCCCAAACCCGUGGAUAACGCCAAGCUUGCUGAGACGCUGAAACCCUUGAGUAAUGCCAAGCCUGCUGAGACCCCAAAACCUGUGAGCAACACCAAGCCUGUCGAGACCCCGAAAUCCGUGAGCACCACCAAGCCUGCUGAGACCCCAAAAUCCAUGGGCAACGCCAAGCCUGCUGAGCCCCUGAAAUCCGUGGGUAACGCCAAGUCUGCUGAGACUCCGAAAUCCAUUAGUGCCACCAAGCCUGCUGAGACCCCGAAAUCCAUGGGCAACGCCAAGCCGGCUGAGACCCUGAAAUCCGUGGGCAACGCCAAGCCUGCUGAGACCCCGAAAUCCGUGGGCAACGCCAAGCCUGCUGAGACCCCGAAAUCCGUGGGCAACGCCAAGCCUGCUGAGACCGGAAAAACAGCUGGGAAGGAAGAACUCAAGAAGGAGGUUAAGAAUGAUGUGAACUGCAAGAGGGGGCAUGCAGGAGCCACAGAUAAUGAAAACAGAUCAGAGAGCCAUGGGACAGCCCCAACCUUCAAGGAGAAGCUACAAGAUGUCCACCUGAUGGAGGGCCAGAAGCUGCUGCUCCAGUGUCAGGUGUCCUCUGACCCCCCCGCCACCAUCACCUGGACGCUGAAUGGAAAGACACUCAAGACCACCAAGUUUAUCAUCCUCUCCCAAGAAGGCUCACUGUGCUCUGUCUCCAUUGAGAAGGCAUUGCCCGAGGACAGAGGCGUAUACAAGUGCAUAGCCAAGAAUGGCGCCGGCCAGGCUGAGUGCUCCUGCCAAGUCACCGUGGAUGAUGCUCCUGCCAGGGAGAAUGCCAAGGCCCCGGAGAUGAAAGCCCGGAGGCCCAAGAGCUCUCUUCCCCCAGUGCUAGGAACAGAGAGUGAUGCAACUGUGAAAAAGAAACCUGCCCCCAAGACACCUCCGAAGGCAGCCAUGCCCCCUCAGAUCAUCCAGUUUCCUGAAGACCAAAAGGUGCGCGCGGGAGAGUCUGUGGAGCUGUUUGGUAAAGUGGCAGGCACCCAGCCCAUCACCUGUACUUGGAUGAAGUUCCGAAAGCAGAUCCAGGAGAGCGAGCACAUCAAGGUGGAGAACAGCGAGAACGGCAGCAGGCUCACCAUCCUGGCCGCACGCCAGGAACACUGUGGCUGCUACACUCUGCUGGUGGAGAACAAGCUGGGCAGCAGACAGGCCCAGGUCAACCUCACUGUUGUGGACAAGCCAGACCCCCCGGCCGGCACACCGUGCGCCUCUGACAUCCGGAGCUCCUCGUUGACCCUGUCCUGGUAUGGCUCCUCAUAUGAUGGGGGCAGUGCCGUGCAGUCCUACAGCGUCGAAAUCUGGGACUCAGUGGACAAAACGUGGAAGGAACUAGCCACAUGCCGCAGCACCUCUUUUAACGUCCAGGACCUGCUGCCAGACCGAGAGUAUAAGUUCCGUGUGCGUGCAGUCAACGUGUACGGAACCAGUGAGCCGAGCCAGGAGUCUGAACUCACAGCAGUGGGAGAGAAACCAGAGGAGCCAAAGGACGAAGUGGAGGUGUCAGAUGAUGAUGAGAAGGAACCUGAGGUCGACUACCGGACGGUGAUUGUCAAUACUGAACACAAAGUGUCUGACUUCUACGACAUCGAAGAGAGACUAGGCUCUGGGAAAUUUGGACAGGUCUUUCGACUUGUAGAAAAGAAAACUGGAAAAAUCUGGGCAGGGAAAUUCUUCAAGGCAUAUUCAGCAAAAGAGAAAGAGAAUAUCCGGCAGGAGAUCAGCAUUAUGAACUGCCUCCACCACCCCAAGCUGGUCCAGUGUGUGGAUGCCUUUGAAGAAAAGGCCAACAUCGUCAUGGUCCUGGAAAUUGUGUCGGGGGGUGAGCUGUUCGAGCGCAUCAUUGACGAGGACUUUGAGCUGACGGAGCGGGAAUGCAUCCAGUACAUGAGGCAGAUAUCGGAGGGGGUGGAGUACAUCCACAAGCAGGGCAUCGUCCACCUGGACCUCAAGCCUGAGAACAUCAUGUGUGUCAAUAAGACUGGCACCAGAAUCAAGCUCAUCGACUUCGGUCUGGCCAGAAAGCUGGAGAAUGCCGGAUCUCUGAAGGUCCUCUUUGGCACCCCAGAGUUUGUGGCACCUGAAGUGAUCAACUAUGAGCCCAUCGGCUAUGCCACGGACAUGUGGAGCAUCGGUGUCAUCUGCUACAUCCUGGUUAGCGGACUUUCCCCCUUCAUGGGUGACAACGAUAAUGAAACCCUAGCCAACGUGACCUCAGCCACCUGGGAUUUCGACGAUGAAGCGUUCGAUGAGAUCUCUGAUGAUGCCAAAGAUUUUAUCAGCAAUUUACUGAAGAAAGAUAUGAAAAACCGCCUGAACUGCACCCAGUGCCUUCAGCAUCCGUGGCUAAUGAAAGACACCAAGAACAUGGAGGCCAAGAAACUCUCAAAGGACCGGAUGAAGAAGUACAUGGCAAGGAGGAAAUGGCAGAAAACGGGCAAUGCUGUGAGAGCCAUUGGAAGACUGUCCUCUAUGGCAAUGAUCUCAGGGCUCAGUGGCAGGAAAUCCUCAACAGGAUCACCAACCAGCCCGCUCAAUGCAGAAAAAUUAGAAUCUGAAGAAGAUGUGUCCCAAGCUUUCCUUGAGGCUGUUGCUGAGGAAAAGCCCCAUGUAAAACCCUAUUUCUCUAAGACCAUCCGUGAUUUAGAAGUUGUGGAGGGAAGCGCUGCUAGGUUUGACUGCAAGAUUGAAGGAUACCCAGACCCUGAAGUUGUCUGGUUCAAAGAUGACCAGUCAAUCCGGGAGUCCCGCCACUUCCAGAUAGACUACGACGAGGAUGGGAACUGCUCUUUAAUCAUUAGUGAUGUUUGCGGGGAUGACGACGCCAAGUAUACCUGCAAGGCUGUCAACAGCCUCGGAGAAGCCACCUGCACAGCAGAGCUCAUUGUGGAAACCAUGGAGGAAGGGGAAGGGGAAGGAGAAGAGGAAGAAGAGGAAGAGUGAAAGCCAGAGAGAAGCAGUUUCUAAGUCGUCUUACAAAGACUAUUUCUCUAAAGCUCAAAAAAUCCAAGAUAGUAAAAGCACCCAGUGUGAUAGAUUAUCUAGUUAGGUCUUUUGGGGGUUGAUUGUUCUGCAACAGCAGUUGACACCUAGCAGCAGUUAUUGAUGGGCAUUAAUUUGAAUUAGCUGGCACCUUAAGAUAACUACCAGUAACUUGCCUGAUCAGUUGAUUUUAAAGAGAAAGUAACCAAAAGAAAUCUUUAUCUGGGUAAGGUCAUAAAUUCCCUAACUGAAAGCACUCAUGAAAAAUAAGGCCCUGUGGUCACAGCCCAGAAGGUCCCUGGAGAAAGAGAUCUCUCUCUCCCAGCUCCUAACUGCAGAGAACCGAGUCUCCUCCAGCCCUGCAGCACGCCAUUCUGAAAGCAGUUGAGCCAUUUGAACGUAUGAGGCACAUUUUAUUCCAAAGUAUACUGUACACAUUCAAACUUCAUUUCUCUCCCCUGAUGUAUCUACCCGUUUUUCUGGAUCUGAAUUUGCCAUGAGUUUAAGCACUAAGGACAUUAUGCUUCUUAGAUUCUGAAGACAGGUCCCCUGCUCAUGGGUGGCUGGCUUCUUUAGGAGAAUAGAAUCUCUUUUCUUCCAAAAUCAGUAGGAAAUCUAAACUUAUCCCCUCUUUGCAGAUGUCUAGCAGCUUCAGACAUUUUUGUAAGAACCUGUGAAAAAAAAAAAAAUCCUUGCUAAUGUGCUUUUCUUCUGAAACCAGGAUUCGUAUUUGUGCUGUUAUAGAAGAUCAGCUCUGCAUGUGUGGUAAAGAUUUCUGUGUUUGAAUGUAUGAAAAACCAGUUUCCUAAAAAGUUAGUCUUAAUUAUUUAUUGGCUGCUGUGAAACGGAUUUCAACUGAUGAAGGGCUGUAGAACUGCACAUACUUUGGAAUCUCCUUCAGGGUAGUCUGAGUUUAACACGCCUUCAAUUCUAAACACUCUCCAGAGGACUGUACCUACCUUAUGGGUUCCACGAUGUUUUCUUCUUGAAUGUGCAUCAGUCAUGCCUUGCCCCCCAGCCUUCAAAUGUAUUCUUAGACCUGAUAAAUGCACUCAGACUUGCAUCUUUAGAAAUUUUUCUUUCACUACAUUGGCACUUAAAUUUUUCUUUAUAAACUUUUUGAAGGUCAUAAACAAAGACUAUAAACUAAUAUGCCUAAUACAUUUCCUCUGAGUGUGUGUGUGUAACAUUCCAAAUACUUUUUUCUUUUCCACUGUUUGUAAAGUGCAGCAAUUUCAUAUUUGAAGGGACUUUUUAAUAGUUCCUCAAGAACCAAUUUGAAAUGACUUCAGUGCAACCCUACACAGGAUCAACUUCAGAACUUUGAUAGUAGUCUUAUGUUACCUUCCAUUCUAUUUUUAUCUGCUUUUUGCUGCUAGUUUCAAAUUUGCCAGUAUUUUUUCUUUUUGCUUUUUUUAGCAGUUACAAUUUUUUCAUAAUAGCCACAGUAUUGCCACGGUUUAUAAUAAAGGGUUUUAAAAUUUGAUUUAGAGCUUUUGAAGCUUUUCUUCACUUAACUGUGUUUAGAAGACUAUAACCUUUGUGUGCAUGUAUGUUGUGUGUGUGUGUGCAUGUGUGGUGUGUUUGUUACAGAUUUUUAAUGUCUUGAAAUUGUGUUAAUGUUCUCGCAGUUUAUUAUGCCAUCAGAAUGGUAAAUGAGAACACUACAACUGUAGUUAGCUCACAAUUUUUAAAUAAAGGAUACCACAGUG